UGAAAAGAAGAAAUGUGGCAAUUGGUUCAAAUUUUACUAAAUGAACGUGUGUAUUUGAAAGUUGAAAAGAAAUUUAUAAAAGUGAAAUUGACUGUGAAUGUUUUGACAUUGACAUUAUCGGAGACGUGUUUAUGUAUUUGAACAUUAACAAUUUGACUACUUUGAAACGUUUUGCGUUUUAUGUUUACUGAUACACACGUGUAUGAUGUCAGAGAACUCACAAAAUAGUGUGACAGUUCUCCUCUUAUCUUCGAAACAAGCAAUACGCACGAGUUUGAUUUAUUUUUUUAUGACUCUAUUUUGAAGAAAUGCGGAACACUCAAGUUGUGUAAAAAAAAACUCACGUCAAAAGGAAAUGAAUUGAAUAUAAAGAGAUUUUUUGAGUGCAUAUUACUCAUUGUUAUACGGUGUUAUACGAAGAUAAAAUUAAAAAUGGAUAGUUGUGCUGUAAAAAGUAUCGGAGAGAGUAAAAAGCCAAGCUACAAGGAGAAGUAUCGUCUUCAGGUGCAUUUUUCAGUGCCAUCAGGUUGGAUGAAUGAUCCAAAUGGUUUGGUAUAUGCUGGUGAUUAUUAUCACUUAUUUUAUCAAUAUAAUCCAAAAAGUACAACGUUCGGAUCACCGCAUUGGGGCCAUGCUCGUUCAAAAGAUCUGAUACAUUGGGAGAAUUUGCCGAUUGCUUUGAAACCAAUAGACUUACCCGAAGGAGUUGGUGAUAUAUUCAGCGGAUGCUGUGUGAGUGACAAAAACAACGUUGCCGGAUUCACACCAAAAUCAAUGACAGACACAAAUGCUCUCAUUGCAGUUUACACAAUCAAUUCCAAUGUAUCUCAAACACAAGCAAUAUCAUACUCACUUGACAAUGGUAUCACAUGGACGGCAUAUAAAAAUAAUCCGGUCAUUCAAAAUCCAGGUGUGGCGGAUUUUCGUGAUCCAAACAUUAUCGAACGAGAUGGAAAGUUUUACAUGACAUUGGCUGUUCAUGAUCGCAUUUCAUUUUACUCAAGUAAAGAUUUGAAAGAAUGGCGUUGGCUCAGUGAUUUUGGCAUAAAACCAAAUGAAGGCGAUAAAUCCGGUGUAUGGGAAUGUCCAUCGCUAUUUUCAAUCAAUGAUGAACAAGGCAACGUGCAUGACAUUUUAAUUGUUUCGGAAAAUGGGCCAUCGCGCGGAAGUCUUUUACAAUAUUUUAUCGGUAAAUUUGAUGGGAAUAAAUUCAAUAGCUACGACAAAUCAAAAUUACUAUGGCUUGAAAAUGGUUUUGACAAUUAUGCGGCAAUACCUUAUCACAAUGAUCCACUCAAGAGGCUGAUUAUAAUUGGAUGGUUAUCCAACUGGUUGUAUACACAAGGGAUACCGACAUCAACGUGGCGUGGUCAAAUGACCAUUCCACGUGAACUAUCACUUAAGCAUAUCAAUGGAAAUUUAUAUCUCGCUCAGCGUCCUGUUGAUGAAUUGAAGAAUAUAAAAGACUCAUCGAAAAGCUGGUCGUUAUCGAAAAAUUUGGAUAUAAAGAACAACCAAACUUUUGACAUAACAUCAAUUAUUCCAUUAAAAAUCGGUUCAGUGUUAAGUUUAGAAUAUGUAUUCGAUAUUGGAAAUGUUACGAAUGGUAAGGUCGGGCUGAAAUUUGGUAAUAGCCUCGGUGAAUUUGUAACAUUUUUGUAUAAUAUUGAGAAAAAUGAGUACGAAUUUGAUCGCCGGAACUCUGGUAAUGUUUCGUUUGAUAUAAGAUUUGCCGAUAUCGUGCCCACCGCCACACGAAUUUCCAACGAUAGUUUACUUUCUGGACAAAUUAUUUUGGACACAGCAUCAAUUGAAAUUUUUGCCGACGAUGGUUUGAAUACAUUCAGCGCAUUAUUUUUCCCAACCGAACCAUUUGAACAUAUUCAAGUGACCAAUGGCAUUGAGGAUUAUGGAAAAUCAAUGACCAUUCAAAAGCUGAACGUUUCAGCUCUAAAUAGCAUAUGGAAACAUUAGUUUAUUCAAUUGUAUAAUUUCGAAUAUAUUUUUAAAUAAAAAUCAGUAUUUUUUGAAAA